UGCGCAAACGCCGUAUUUGCAACGCGCAUGCGCGUAUUGACGACCCAAGAUGGCAGACUCGCCUAAUGUCGCUUUGCCGGAGAAGUUUUAAAAAUAAUCACAGCGAAUAUAGCAACAAAUACCCCAAAUAAUCGUAUUUUUAAGCCUAAAUUAAGUUAUCUGAAGUGAAGAUAGAAGAUGGACGACUACUGCUAUGCUAAGAUGGCGACGUCAUGUCAAAGAGAAAGUGAAAGAGAAUCUUCCUGCAAAUCACCAACGGUGAUAAAGAUAAACAACGCAGAUAAAGAGGACCAGCAGCCGAUUGGUUAUCCAGAAGAACUUACUCCCCAGCCACAGGUAGGGGGCUCCACUUUGAAGCAGGAGGAUCCACAGCCACCCCACAUUAAAGAAAAAGAGGAGGAGGAGGAACUCUGGAUCACUCAGGAGGCGGAUCUCACCAAGUUGCCACUGACGAUUGUCUCCGUGAAGACUGAAGACGAUGAAGAGAAACCAGAACCACAGAACCUCUUAGCUCCACUAUCCGAUUGUGAGACUGAAGAUGGGCUUGAGGAGCCUUUCAGCAGCGAUACAGACUGUGAAGGCGAUACGAGGACUCACGCUGACAACGAACAGUCUGAAUGCUCUGAAAAGAAGAGUUGUAAAAAAGGUUUGAGCUGCUCAGUUUGUGCUAAAGUCUUCACACACAAGGGCAAUUUCACUCAACACAUGAGAACACACACAGGAGAAAAACCAUUCAUUUGUUCAGUUUGUGGUAAAAGCUUUUCUCUAAAGAGACCUUUGGAUGACCACAUGAGAACACAUGCAGGAGAAAAAACUUUUUCCUGCUCACUUUGUGGUAAAAGCUUCUUUACCCGAUCAGGUUUGACAGGACACACCAGGAAACACACUAGAGAAAAAACAUUGAGUUGCCAUGUUUGUGGUAAAAGAUUCCUUUACAACGCAGACAUGUUAAGACACAUAAGAACACACACCGGCGAAAAACCGUUCAGGUGUUCAGUUUGUGGUAAGAGCUAUACUAAGAGCAACAUUUUGUCUGAUCACAUGAGAACGCACACGGGAGAAAAACCCUUUAGUUGCUCGGUUUGUAAGGAAAGUUUUGUUUCCAGGAAACAUUUGAAUUUUCACGUAGCGAAACACACCGGAGAAAAACCCUUCGGUUGUUCAGUUUGCCCGACCAGAUUCACCCAGAAGAUAGAUUUAGUACGACACUUGAGAAUACACACGGGACACAAACCAUUCAGUUGCUCAGUUUGCGGCAACAGGUUCACUCAGAAACCAGCUAUGUUAAGACAUCGGAAAACGCACACGGAAGAAAAACCUUUUUGUUGCUCAGUGUGCGGUCAGAGAUACACUCGUAAAGACAACAUGGCAAAACACAUGAAAAUGCAUACCACAGACAUAAACCCUGUUGUUGUUUCUCAAUGAGGAUUAUAGCUUAGGCAAAGUUUGAUACAUGCUGUAAAAAACUGGAAAAAACAAAUCUCCUGGUUUAACAAGUUAGCAAAUUAUGCAGACACAAGUUCACACAGAGGAGAAAAACCUAUUAAAGGCCUACUGAAAUGAGAUGUUCUUAUUUAAACAGUGAUUGCAGGUCCAUUCUAUGUGUCAUACUUGAUCAUUUCUCGAUAUUGCCAUAUUUUUGCUGAAAGGAUUUAGUAGAGAACAUCGACGAUAAAUUUUGCAACUUUUGGUCGCUAAUAAAAAAGCCUUGCCUGUACCGGAAGUAGCAGACGAUGUGCGCGUGACGUCACGGGUUGUGGAGCUCCUCACAUCCGCACAUUGUUUACAAUCAUGGCCACCAGCAGCGAGAGCGAUUCGAACCGAGAAAGGGACGAUUUCCCCAUUAAUUUGAGCGAGGAUGAAAGAUUUGUGGAUGAGGAAAGUGAGAGUGAAGGACUAGAGAAAAAAAUACACAAUUUUAAAAAAAGGACAAGAGGGCAGCGAGGCGAGGGAGCGAUUCAGAUAGGGAAGAUGCUGUGAGAGGCGCCGUGGCAGCUGUGGGGGUGGCAGGACCACUCGGCCAGGCCCGACCGCAACAAGGGAUAGAGCCAUACCGCUUUGAACCCGGCGCUGACGGUGACGGUCAGGAGGACGCAUAUUGAUGCUGGAGUAGCACACGACAUAGAUCGCCUUCAGAAUACAGAAUGGUAAAAUGUUUUUUUAUUAAUACACAUAAUACACUGUACUUUGUGUGUGUGGUCCAAUCCAACCGCGUUCGCUUGACCGCUCCGUUCCAUAGUAAAGCUUCACCGUCCUCUUUUGGGAAUGUAAACGAAGAAACACCGGCUUUUUUUGUGUUGCUAAAGGCGGCCGCAAUACAUUGCUUCCCACCUACAGCUUUCUUCUUUGACGUCUCCAUUAUUCAUAGAACAAAUUGCAAAAUAUUCAGCAACACAGAUGUCCAUCAUACUGGGGAAUUAUGCGAUGAAAAGAGAUGACUUAUAGCGGUGAACGGUGCUGGAAUGAAAUGUCUCUACAAUGCGUGACGUCACGUUUAACCCUUGUAUUAUGUUGGGAAAAAAUGACAUUGAUUAUGUUGUGGGUCGUUUUGACCCAUACUGUGUAAAUGCACUCAAAAUGCAAGAAAACAGGUUAAACCAAUAACAAUUUUAUUUUAGGUUAUAUAAACAUUUAGAAAAGUGACAUACAAUACAUUUUUUAUUCCAAUUGUAUUAUGUUAAGGGUCAAUUUGACCCAUUUCAGUUUUUGUGUUGAUCAAAGUACUGGUUAUCCUUUCUUUUUCUUGCUGAAAUCUGGUGACUUUUC